AUGGGCACGACUUCUGCAAACAGUAAAGAAGGAUCUCCUUUGGAAAUGGCGGCUCAACGGAGGGCCGAAAAUAUUCAUCGAUUGGAUUCGAUUAUCCUUCUCACCUACAUUUCUGUACUUGUGGUGAUUGUCCUAACUUCAUGGCUUUUCAAGCAUUAUCGCUUUAUGUUUGUACAUGAAACUGGGCUUACAUUAUUUUACGGGUUAUUGAUCGGCUUUGUUAUUCGAUACUUUGACAUUGGCUUGCUAGAGUCGCAAACUUACGAUGUGGUUUUGAAAGAUCGAACGGUUAUAUUAGAAGAACCUCCCGAUUACUUGAGGUUGGAGGUGAAGCCAGAAGGGACUCCACGUGUUUCUUUUCAUUAUGAGUUGAUGGAGGGUUUUUAUGCGGACAAGAAGAAGCAUAAUGAACAAAAGAUAGAACAAAAGAGUGCAUUCUCUCCGGAAAUCUUCUUUAAUAUCAUGCUUCCGCCAAUUAUCUUUAACGCGGGUUACAGCCUUAAAAAACGUCAUUUCUUCCGAAACAUUGGCAGCAUACUGGUGUUUGCAUUUGUUGGUACAACAAUUUCAUGUUUUGCUACCGGGUCACUGUUAUAUGUGUUCACGAAAGUGUUCGGGAUGGGAUUCUCCCUCCAAGAGACUCUUUUCUUUGGUGCUGUAAUUUCUGCUACCGAUCCAGUCACCGUGAUCUCUCUGUUCACUGAAAUGCACGUCGAAGCUGACCUGUUUGCCUUAGUUUUCGGUGAAAGUGCUUUGAAUGAUGCUGUAGCGUUGGUGUUGUCUAGCACAAUCGAUAAUUUCUCAUCUGGAAAUGAGGUGGUUGGAAUGAACGAGAUUUUCUUCGCUCUUGGAAAAUUUGCAUAUAUCUUCUUUGGAUCUCUACUGCUGGGGUCAUUGAUUGGAUGUGGUAAUGCUCUUAUUACGAAAAUGACAGCGAUUGCGGAGCAUCCAUUGCUGGAGAGCAGUCUGUUCGUUCUAGUUUCAUACAUAUCGUUCUUGAUUGCAGAAGUGGUAGGACUUACAGGUAUCGUAUCGGUUCUUUUCUGUGGUAUUUCACAAGCGCAUUACACCUACAACAAUCUAUCUGAAGAGUCGCAACACACAACCAAGCAAUUUUUCCAGAUGAUUUCAUUUGUCCUUGAAAGCUUUAUAUUCUGCUAUAUAGGAGUCAGCAUAUUCGUAGAGAAUAACCAAAAGUGGAAUAUUGGAUUUUUGUUCUUCGCUCUGAUCUCCAUUGUCGUCGCUCGUGCUCUGUUCGUCUACCCAUUGAGUUUUCUCUUGAAUAUAUGGCGCCGUCCACUUAUUCCUCGUUCCUACCAGCAUAUGCUUGUCUUCGCUGGUCUCCGUGGUGCUAUGGCAUUCGCUCUUGCUGAUCGAAAUACAGCUACCGAUAACAGACAGGUAAUCUGCUCUACAACUGCAGCUAUUGUGAUGGUUACUGUAUUCUUCAAUGGUAGCUUGACAGCAUGGAUGGUUGAUUAUCUAGGAAUUAAACACGGCAUAGAAGAACGAAGUCGUGGAGGUACGCAAAGUUCUGGUGGGCAGAAUGAAGUUGAUGAUUUGCACUUGCCGGGUACUCCCCUCACCCCAUGCGGAGCGAAUCCAUGGGAUAAAGCGUUCCUGCCAAGAAAAUGGUAUAACUUUGAUGCCAACUUCAUGAAGCCGUUGCUGACGCAUGCAACUCCAUCGCUGGAACAAACGCUUCCACCAUUUUGUCUUCCGUUUGCUCGGAUGUUCACAUCACUCAAGCAGGCAGUGGCUACCAAUGGCGGAUCAAACGAGUCAAGUCCAUGCGCUUCAGUUGAUGCAGUUGAAGGGUAA